AUGCGGCCCGUUGUACCUCCUUUGAUGCACCAAGCAUUGCGCUCUUCUUUCAAGCAGCCGUAUUUGCCUGGCCGCCAUGGCAUCCUCAUGAAAAGUCAUCGAUUUUCCAGCUCUAUUCGGCGUGACUCCAUCGGAAAAAAGAUCUGGCAGUUCCGUUCAGUACGCUACCCGGUCUAUGCGGUCGGCUCGAUUAUAUUCACGAUCACAGCUGCUGUUUCUGGACUGCUUUUGUAUGACUCCAUGACGUACCACAAAGUGUCGAUUCAAGAGCCAGUGCAGACGAUGCCUCUUGAUCACGUUCGCGGCGGGCCGGACAACCGACCGAUUCUCCCGCGCUUUGUUGAUCCCGAAACGCACGAGGAGUUGAAGACACAACAAGCCAAAGAGCGACUUGUGAUUGUUGGCGGUGGAUGGGGGGCCGUUUCAUUGCUGCGCUCUCUGGAUCCCGACACGUAUGACGUGACGGUAGUCAGCCCGACCAAUUACUUCCUCUUUACACCGCUUCUUCCUGCCGUAACGGUCGGCACCGUAGGCACAAGUUCCGUGGUUGAAUCGCUUCGUCGUAUCCUACAGCGGUGCCAUGGCCAGUUUGUACAGGGUGCUGCAAGGAACGUGCACCCACACGACAAGCUGGAUGCAAACACCCUACAGCUGGCUGAGAAUGCGCGUGGUCUGCUGGAAGUCGAAGUGAUCUCGGAUCAAUGGGACGGCGACGUUCAGGCGAAGCACAAAGUAAACGAGAAGUCGCUGAUCUAUGUGCCAUACGACAAGCUGGUUAUCGCUGUGGGUUGUGUCACUAAUGAUUUCGGCGCAAAGGGUCUGGAACAUGCACACCGAUUAAAAUGCAUGAGCGAUGCCAUGUCACUUCGAAAGCACAUCCUUGAGAACUUUGAACGCGCCUCGCUACCCACUACAGCGGAAGAGGAGCGCAAGCGUCUCCUGUCGUUCGUGAUUUGUGGUGGUGGUCCUACCGGUGUGGAAGUUGCGGCAGAAAUCUUUGAUUUGAUCCACGAGGACAUCCACAAGUAUUUCCCAUCAUACCUGCCUCACGAGGCAAACGUGCAUCUUCUGCAACACCCAUCGCAUAUUCUGAAUACAUACUCAGAAAAGAUCUCAGAGUUUGCUGAGGAGCGCUUCCGCAAGGAAAAAUUGAACGUCGUGACGAAUGCGCAUGUUGACGAAAUCACGCCAACAAGUGUCACUUACACGCUGACGAACCCACUUACAGAGACACAAGAGAAGUGCACCGUGCCCACUGGAUGCACAGUCUGGUCCGCUGGCGUCAAGAUGAACGAUUUCACACAUUUACUCUCGACGACACUCCCGAACCAGGGCCAUCGACAUGCACUCAAGGUGGACUCCCAGUUGCGUGUGCUCGGAACGGAGCCCGGCACAAUUUACGCCGUCGGCGAUGCAUCAACGAUCGAUCGAGACAUUCGGGGUUACGUCGUGGACAAUUUCGCCAAGUUUGACAAGGACCACGACGGAAAAUUGAGUGUCGCGGAAUUCGGCCAGUUGAUCAAGGUGCUCCGCCAGCGAUUCCCAAUCGCGAGUCACCAGCUGAAGAACGUGCGCCAACUGUUUAUUCAGUACGACCACAAUCGCGACCAUGUGAUGAGCUCUCAUGAAGUGAUCGACCUUGUUAUGGAUGCUACCAAGCACAUGACUUCUUAUCCACCCACCGCUCAGAUCGCUGCGCAGGAAGGCAGGUAUCUGGGCCGCAAGUUGAACGUGUAUGGCAAGCUGAAAGCCCAACAAAAACUACCAGACGUUAAGCCCGACGCACUCGACGACAUGAUCUAUAAGCCGUUCAAGUUCCACAAUCUCGGUAGCAUUGCGUACUUGGGUAAUGCGGCGGCAUUUGAUUUGCCUCUACCGGAGCCUUUCAAGACCUUCUUCGGUGGCAUUGUCGCCAUGUACGCCUGGCGCAGUGUGUACCUUUCGGAACUCGUGUCCCUUCGAACACGUGCUCUUGUAUUAGGUGAUUUUAUUAAACGCGAAUUGUGGGGUCGUGAUGUGUCGUGGCUUUAA